AUGGACUCACGCUCACGCGGUUUGAAAGGCAAGUCCACUUUCCUCAAAAAUGGGAUAAUCAAGGGGCAGGAUGUAGCCCGGCAUAUUGCAGCUACCCUGCGUCAGCAUGAUAUUAAAGCAGACGCAUCUUCCCGUCGUGGAUCCCGCACUCAAGGGCACGGACAUGGCCGUGGCACCAAACGGAGGCUCUCUCAGCUUGAGGAAGAUGCGCAGCUGCCGCAACCUUCCUCCUCGAUCCAGAUCAAUGACGUGUCUGUCCUCAAUAACCUACUGCCGAUGCCGCAAGAACCGGUGCCUGAUGAUGCAAUGUCUCCAGCCCAUGACGGGACAACAUCUCCUGGGACGACAUCGCCUGGUACUAAUGACCCCUUCGAGGGAGCUCUCACUCCGCUGGGUAGUGAACUCGCUCUCCCAACCUUUGGCAACCCCAGACAUGAGGAUUGUGCUCCUGAAGUCUCCCCAAAUACGUCUGAGCAUGCUGACGCGACCCUGGAUCAACCUGAAGGACAUGAUUCAACAGAUACCAUGACACUACCUUCCUUAAUUGAUGGUUUGGAGGGACCGCAGUUCCCCCCCGGUACUGAACAGGUCACUUGGGCAAACGGGGUCCGAUCAUUCCUUCCUUGGGCCUUUGUGGAAGGUAAAUACACCCAGGAUAUUGAUGUCGCCCGUGCAAUGGCCACCGCACCUGACGCUCUAAACCCGGCUGAUGGCGGCGAGCCAUUAGUCUAUACCCUGGACAUUCAGUCCAUGUGUCAAGACAGCAUUCAUCCUUCUACGGAGGAUUCGAUCACAGUGGUGGGCCUCAUCAAGGAGAAGCUCUCCAAGGGUAUUCCGGUCCUCGUGCGCGGGUUCAAACUUCCUGGUACACAAUAUAAGUUUGAUCGUCGUUCAUUGGAGUUAUGUAAAGGUUCUCUUCGCAAUACAGUCGAGUACCAAGAUGCUAAAAAGCGAAUGGAGUAUGACCUGAAGCAUGCUCGGCUGGUCAAGGAGAGGAAGGCCACAGCGGAAUUCCUUGCCACACCACCCGUCGUCCAUAGUGAAAAUACUUUAGGGGAAUUCAUUGACAUGGCUACAAGGCCCGGUACCCAACGUCGCCCCAAAGUUUGCGGUAAUCUGCUGGACUCAUAUGCACCCAGCCAUGUGGGAACUCCUUGGUUCAUUGCCGCAUUAAAUGAGCAGUACCUCGCGAUGUAUCAAAAUCGCAUGACCGACUUUGCAUUCCCGCCGCCAGACACUGAAGAGGCCCGCAAACUCCUCGAGCAGGCGGCAAGGAUAGCUGGCCCACAGUUACUGCACCCUGAUACCUUUCAGUUGGUCAUGUGGGACCUGCUCACGCACGCCGGAUUUGUCUCGCACACCCACCACGAUGCAGGUGGCGCGGCAACGUGGAUGGCGAUCAGAGAUGGAGUGAAGUUCUGGACUCUGUUGAAAGUCCGCACUGAAGGUUUGAAAACCCGAAAGGCCGUGCAAGACCGAUUUGACACAGCUGCCAAAACGAGUUUGCACCAACUGGUCAAUGAUUGCAACAUGGUGGAAUGGAUCGGCACCGUUUGUCUCGUACCAGGAGAUGUCCUCAUCCAACCCCCCAAUAUUAUGCAUUGCGUAUACACCCCCAUCAAGACACUGGCCACGGGUGGCCACUUUUAUUGCUACAACCUCUGUCAUUUGACCGAGUUAUCGUGUGACAUCGACAGGUUAUAUGGAGAUGUCACUACCAAUCAGUCUCAUCCCGCCACCCAACGAUUGAUCCACAACCUCGCACUGGCUCUGCCCAACCUUGCAGAUAAGACUCUCCCCAGAGUCCCCUUCUUGGCUCUCGCACUGAUGGUCCUUGACUCCAAGACGUAUGAAGCACCAACAAAGGGGUUAGGCUCUGCUCAAUAUUAUCCCGAUGGCCGGUACCAUCGCGAGGUCGCAGGCGAAACCGCAUACGCUCAACAGGUGGUUACCGCUGUGCUGAAGGGGAAUCGCAUCACGUCAGAUGUCAACAAGAUACGAGAGAUGGUUCACAAACGUCUGGGCGGUGAGCUUCUGGAUCCUGGCAAGUCUCGCAUCAAUCUCUCUUGUCUGAAGAAGUUCGUGUUUGUGGAGAUCAAACGCCCAAAGACGUUGUAG